AAGUUAAAACCUACAAUGAUAAAUGGAUUAAUUAUAAUUGGUAUGUUUAUCAUUUCUUUAUUAAUUAUAAUCAUUUACUUUUGACUGAUAUAAAGUUUAUUAUUACAAUGUAAUUGUUUUUGAAUCAAAAAGAAAACACAAAUAAACGCAAGUAAUUUUAAAUAUGUUUUUGUUUUCAUUUUAUUAAGUUUUAUCAAAAGGUAUAAACCAAUUUAUACAUAUUUUGUGUUUAACAUAUCUUAAUUAAAUGAUUCAUUAAAAAAAUUACAGUCAAAUACCUAAAGUAAUACAUGUAUAUAAUAUCGCAGAAUAAUAUAUCAUUUUACGGACACUAAAUUUAGCAACGUUUACGUAGGCGUAAAUUGAUAAAAUUGACCUGUCAAAAAAAAUUAAGUUAAUAACUGUACAUUUGUGUAACAUCAUUUGAUUGAUUCGAAUCUUUUGAAUGAUUGUAAACGACCUUAAACUUUUCAAAAAGAUAUUAAUAAGUAAUAGACGAAGUAUUCCUCUUUGUUAAAUUAACAAUAAAAUAGAGUUAAUCUUCAUUUAAAAUGAACUGUCUGCAUAAUCCACAUCCUAAAUUCACACAGCCUUACUAAAAUGUAAAUUUUCUAUUGCGCCUCAGGCGAUAGAUAGUAUUACGUUAUUUAUAUACAUAUACUGUUACAAUGUAUUGUCUAUUUUCAUGGUGUUUUUUUUCAUAUCAAGCGAAGCAUUUUAUAAAAAGGUUAAACUAAAGAAAAUGCAUGUUUUAGACACGAAGUAUUGACAGUUUGACUAAAUCAAUACCAUAAGGAUAUUUUUGUCUAGUAUGACGUAAACUUGCAUUUGUUAUCAAUUUUUAUCUUAUUACAUGUGUUAUCUUUUUGACAAUAGAUUUACUACUAUUUUCUUCUGUCUUAUUGCAUGGGCUAUCUUUUUUGACAAAACAUUUACUACUAUUGUUUUGUAUCAUUAACAAUGUCUUAUCACUCUUCUUAUCGUUUUUUUUAUUUUUCAGAUAUAAAAUUAUAGAGUGCCCUCGGAAAAUAUCAACAUGACGUACAGCUCUGUUAUAAAAGUCUACUCGUUAUCAUUGUCAACGAAGUUUGUAAAACUUUGUCUGAAAACGAAUUGUCUUAGGCGUUUUUUACUCAUUGGAUCAUUAACAAUUGCCGUGUCAUAUGUUGGUUAUUACUUGUUUUCAGAUAGUAUCAUACAAGAUAUUAAAACAAGUAAUUCUUUGUCACAAAAUCAUAGGCUGCAUGUUUAUCCGGGAAAUAUUGAUAAUGAUCCAUAUAUAAAAUCCAUGAGAGAAAAAUUUCCUCUUAAAAUGAUAUCAUACUUAUCAAAACUUAUAAAUGCAACUAAUCCAAAGUAUGCAUUAACUAUAAAUAGUUCAUACCUUAUAGAGAAUCCAAACUUGUGCAAACGUGCCCUUAACUUUUCAGUUCUAGUUAUCGUCAAUUCAGCAACAGACAACUUUGAAAGAAGACAAGCGAUAAGAGCUACUUGGACUAAUGAUUCCUAUUAUCACCACUUAGGCAAGAUUAAGGUUAUGUUCCUGCUCGGUAAACCUCUGAACAGCAUUAUACAGGAAAUGAUAAAAAGAGAAUCUGAAGCAUAUGCUGAUAUUUUACAAGGAGAUUUUGUCGAUACAUACUUCAAUCUAACACAUAAAGGAGUCAUGUCCUUCAAAUGGAUCCAAGAAAACUGCCGAAAUCCAAAGCAUAUUCUCAAAGUUGAUGAUGACAUUCUUGUAAAUAUGUUCCUAUACUUUGAACAUAUUCAAAAUACUCCGAAGGUUCGGCACGCUAACGUGUACUGUCACUACGGCACCAGUCCUGUUGUUAGAAAACAGUCAAUCAAGUGGUAUAUAAGUGACAAUCAUUUUAGAGGUGUAAAAUAUUAUCUCAACUUCUGUCGGGGCAAGUUUGUUAGUAUGACAAAUGACAUUAUUCCAUCGUUAUACCUGUCUGCUUCCAAAACACCUUUCUUCAAAUUGGAUGACGUACUUUUAUAUGGAUAUGUCAUGCAUAACAUCCCGAGUUUGAAAUACGAAACUCUUGCUUGGAAUGAAAUGCAGGAAGACAAUGGAAAUGCUAUAAAAUGCUUCGAAACAUUAAAGGACAAAUGCCAAUUGGUAAUAAUGCAAGCGAGUGGAAUACAUGAAAUGUCAGAAACUUGGUCUACAGUGCUAAAGUAUUUCAAAAAGUAAAACGAAUUUAAUUCGUCUUCGAUAUCAUUCAUUAUAAGAAAACGAAAUGUUUAAUCAGGUGUUGAGUGUUAUACCCAACACAAAACCUUUAUCAUUUGUAGUUUUUUCUGUCAGGUUUAUGUCAUUUUUAUUUUAUGAAAAAAAAAAAACACAACGUUUUUAUACGGGCUGGCAUUCAUUACCUUCUUUACCAUAGAAAAAUGAUUGGUUAUUAUAAAUGAUGGUGUAAUUCUAAAUGUGUUCUAUUUAUAUAUGUUUAUGAGUGUAAGAGAAAUGAGUUAAGAUUGACACAUUUGAAUAGCAAUAAUUUUGAUUAUAUCAAUUAUACUACAUUUGUAAUAUGUUGUACAGUUGAUAAUUAUAGAACAUAUCAAACGCAAAAUUAUUCGACGAAACUUUUU